AAGUUUAUAAUGAUUUAGUGCCUGCACUUUUCCCUAUCAGUAAACAAGUGAUCGUAGUUGGUACUGUGCAGCAUCUCACACAGUACAAUGAAGUUUUUUAAGGUCUUAACGGUGUUGUUUUUAGUUGCGGGUAUCGGGACUGUGUGUACCGCAAAAGUUCCAUCCGUAUUCGGUGUGUUUUUUUCGAAUACCAACACGAAAAAUGAAAUACAGGAUAAUAGUGUGCCGGAAAAAGAUGCCAAAUCGGAUUACUCAGUGAUUGAAGAUGAAUUUACCAAGUUGCGUAUUGAAUACAUCAAGAAUCAGAUACUCAAGAAGCUUCGUCUUAAGGAGAAACCUACUAUCACUAUAUCUGAACUACCUAAACCUGUGAAAGAGUACGAAAACCUUCUACCCAGCCAAGACAUGAAUCUGCAAAGUAGCUACUCUGAUGAUUUUUACGGGAAAACCACACAAGCCAUCAUAUUCCCCUAUGAAGAUAAGGCGCGUUGUUCCAACACGAUCCGUUUUCCUUCUGCCUGUCUUCCGUUCCAAAUGCCGAAUGAUAUUCAUACAUCUGAAGUCGCCAGUGCAGAGUUGUGGUUCCAUAAGGAGAAAGACUUUUUGGACGAGCAUAACCAGACUUUUGUCAUAUAUGAAGUAGCUCACUGGGAUACUAAAAAGAGCUUCCAGAAGACCACCCCUAUCGCUAUCCAAGAGACUAGUCUUACUGAAGGAUGGUUAAAAAUUGACGUGACCUAUGUAGUCAAAAACUGGCUGGAUUUUCUGGAGUCUCCCGUGCAUGCUAUUAAUGUGGUCUGCAAAACAUGCGAUAUGGAGAAAAACCAAUCACCAAUAUCGUUUACUAGUGAGCUGAAACCCUUUUUGGUGAUAUACACUCACUCCCAACAAAGAAGGGCGAUGACCCACAGAAGGCAGAAGAGAUACACCAACUGUGAUUCUGGGAUAACGGAAUGUUGCAGGGAAAGCCUUUAUAUUUCCUUUACUGACAUCGGAUGGAACGACUGGAUAAUAAAGCCUGAGGGGUACAAUGCGUAUUUCUGCAAGGGAUCCUGUACAACAGCUGCAGCAAUGACACUUAGUGCUUCACAACAUAACAGUAUACUUCAGAAAGUUAUGAAAGGGCACGAAAAACGCAGGACUGCAGGACCAGAAAUUACCCCCUGUUGUGCGGCGAAACAGUUUCAACCCCUACAGCUGGUAUAUAUGGACAGCAAUAAGACUUUAACCACGAAAUUAUUAUCAAAUAUGAUAGUAGAAAGUUGUGGGUGUAUGUAACCAAACGAAAAACGUGAUAACUUUUGACAGUAUUGUGACUAUAGUGAUAUCUGAAUAUCCCAGUGAAAACAAGUUUUUUGUGACGACGUAGAAGAAGAGUAGUUCAGUUAAAAGUUAGAAGUUUUUCGCCAAACAUUACUUUAAGAAGAAGAACGUAUGCGACAUUUUUAACAGUGCAUCUUAAACGAAUUGGCAAAUGAACUAAAUUCACAAGGAAUCUUUUAAAGUUAUUGAAAACAGUUAAUAAAAAUAAUUUAAUUAAUACUAUAACAAUAUUGUUGUUAUUGAGUUAUUGACAGGAAAGAGUUGUGUUUCUUUAGUAAACCCAACAAUAACUUUAAAAUUCCUUAAUAAUAUUUCAUGUUAUGGCAGAGAAUGACGUACGUAAUUUUAUUUGAGGUGUUCAUGUUAAUUAGUAUAAUGUGAAGCCGUUAUUUUUUCUGAUUCAGUCCGUCUUGUGAAUUUACACAUUUUAAGUAUUACUUCUUUAUCUUUUUAAUACAUUGUACAUUUUGGAUUCUUGAAGGCUUAAGGACAUCCAGCAAAGUUUCAUAUGUGCUGUAAGGUUUCAGUGGAUUCCAAUACAGCUCAGGACACGCUGAAAUAUUUUAGGAGGUUUUGGAAGACUACAGAGCAGUCCAAACCAUUUUAAGAGCAUCUGAAUGACUUUAUACCAGACUGGAAUAUUUCAAAACUGUUCUGAAAUGUGUCAGGGGUUUCUAAAAUACUCUGGACGACUCCAGGAUAGUUCAAAUCAUUUUAGGAGCCUCUGGAAGACUUCAUAGCAGACUGGAAUAUUUAAGAACUGUUCUAAAAUAAGUUAGGGGUUUCUAAAGCACCUCAAUAUACUCUUAAAUAUUUUAGAGAGCUUUGUGGGAUUUCAGAAGGGUUAAGAUCAUUUUAGUGGUUUCUAGAAGACUUUAAAACAGACUAGAGUAGUUCUGAUGUGUUCUGAAAUGUAUUAGGACACCUCAAAACACUUUGGAGUAUACCAUAUAGUUCAAUUUGUGGGCUCUGGAAAACUUAUGAACAGCUAGGAAUAAUUAAGGAGCCUCUAGGAACAUUAUAGCAUACUUUAAUAUUUCAGGAUCGUUUUGACAUAUUUUACAGUUUCUAGAACGUUCUGAAAAAUCGGGCACUAUUUAGCAGGCUUUGACGAUCGUUGUGAAAUUUGUUAGGGGCUCUGGUAGAUUUAAGGGGCAUAGGAAUAUGUAUAGAUUACCCUAAAAAUUUUCAGGUGCCUCUAAAGUAAUAAGAGGCAGCUUCAGGUUCAGAGUGGUUCGUCUGUUUCUAGACCAAAACUUUACAAGACAAAAUGUAAUGAUAUAGGAAUUGUCUGGUAUGUUCUAUUGAUCUCUAGAAGACAGGCUAAAUCUGAAAAAAUGACGGCGUGAUGUCAUGACUUAUCGUAUUCAAAAUAUGUCUCAGGGAGUUUCAGGUAUAAAAAGUUGAUACUUUGUAUCUACUAAACUUUCAGUUUUGUGAAAGUUUCCUUUAGACUUUUUAAUUUAAAAAGUGUGAAAGUUUCGAUAUGAAAGAUAUUUCAAAUUUUGACUAUGUGUAAUAGUUUUCAAAUGCAAAAAAAGUGUUCUUUCAAGUGAGUGUGAUAUUAGAGUAACUGCUAGAAUAUGAUUUAAUUUAUUUUUGUUUGUAUGAACGUUCCCGUUAGUGUAGAAAUAUAGUGAAGCGUCUCACCUCGCCAGGCAUAUUGCUACGACCAUCGCAUAUUGAUAAAGAAAAAUAAAUAGCGAGAUGCCUGGCGUGGCGCGAUGUUCCACUAUUUUCACUGUUAUGUAAAUACAUUAAUUUGUUUCUUCGGCGACGUGCGUAGCGAUGUGCCUGGCCAGGUGCGAUGUUUCACUAUAUUUCUACACUUAGUUAGUAAUAAUUAUUUAUUUAAUAGACUUAGUACCGUAUUUUUAUAUUACAUAUUAAAAUAUUUGAUUUUACGUGACAAAUAAAAAAUGUAAAAUAAGAA